UCUAGAUGGCGGCUCAGAGGCAGCGGGCGCUCGCCAUAAUGUGUCGCGUCUACGUCGGAUCCAUCUACUAUGAGCUUGGAGAGGACACCAUUCGGCAAGCAUUUGCCCCCUUUGGACCAAUAAAAAGCAUAGACAUGUCCUGGGACUCUGUCACCAUGAAACACAAGGGAUUUGCAUUUGUAGAGUAUGAAGUCCCUGAAGCUGCUCAGCUCGCCCUGGAACAGAUGAACUCAGUCAUGUUGGGUGGAAGGAAUAUCAAGGUGGGCAGACCCAGCAACAUCGGCCAGGCACAGCCCAUCAUAGACCAACUGGCAGAAGAAGCCCGCUCCUUCAACAGAAUCUACGUGGCCUCCGUGCACCAGGAUCUCUCCGACGACGAUAUAAAGAGCGUGUUUGAGGCCUUUGGGAAGAUCAAGUCUUGUAUGUUGGCACGAGACCCCACUACAGGCAAACACAAAGGUUACGGUUUUAUAGAGUAUGAGAAAGCCCAGUCUUCGCAGGAUGCCGUCUCCUCCAUGAACUUGUUUGAUCUGGGUGGUCAGUACCUUCGAGUCGGGAAAGCUGUUACUCCACCGAUGCCUCUUCUUACACCGGCCACCCCUGGUGGUCUCCCUCCCGCUGCCGCUGUCGCUGCUGCUGCUGCAACUGCCAAGAUCACAGCUCAGGAAGCCGUGGCUGGCGCUGCUGUUCUUGGCACACUGGCAAAUCCUGGCCUUGUGACCCCAGCGCUAACACUGGCACAGCCUUUGGGGGCACUACCUCAAGCAGUCAUGGCAGCACAAGCCCCUGGGGUUAUUACAGGAGUGACACCAGUGCGGCCAUCUUUACCAGUUACUAUUCCUCAGGUGGGACUAGUGAACCCCAUUCUGUCCAGCCCCCCAGCAUUAGCCCAGUUGGAGGUGAAGAAGGAGAAGGAGGACGAGGAACCGGCUCUGGAGUCGGAAAGGCCGGAGAUGCUCAGCGAGCAGGAGCACAUGAGUAUCUCUGGGAGCAGUGCACGGCACAUGGUCAUGCAGAAACUUAUGCGCAAGCAGGAGUCCACAGUCAUGGUCCUGCGCAAUAUGGUUGACCCCCGAGACAUCGACGACGAUCUGGAAGGGGAAGUGACGGAAGAGUGCGGCAAGUUUGGCGCAGUGAACCGGGUGAUUAUUUACCAGGAGAAGCAGGGCGAGGAGGAAGACGCCGAAAUCAUCGUGAAAAUAUUUGUGGAAUUUUCAAUGGUCAGCGAGACUCACAAAGCUAUCCAGGCCCUGAACGGACGCUGGUUCGCUGGAAGGAAAGUAGUAGCGGAAGUAUACGACCAGGAGAGGUUCGACAACAGCGACCUGUCUGCAUGA